UGAUUUGAAGGUUGCGAGUUCGUAAUUUAGUACUGUACUCCCAUUCAAGCCUGCUCUUGCAAUUGGUUUCCAGUCACCAAGCCAUGUCCUGAGUUCCACAGAGUUCAUCAGAGGAGAAGAGAGGAUGAGGGCGUAUGCGCGCACUCUCCUCCUUGUCACGACCACCUUCGUCUCCAUCUCGAUCGCUACCGACACCAUCGACCUGACCGCGUCCAUCACCGGCAACCAGACGCUCGUCUCGGCCCGUGGCGUGUUCAGGCUGGGCUUCUUCACCCCGCCCGGCAGCUCCGACGGCAGAACCUACAUCGGCAUUUGGUACGCGAGCAUCCCAGUGCAGACCAUCGUGUGGGUCGCCAACCGCCAGGACCCUGUCGUCAGAUCCCCCGGCGUCCUCAAGCUCUCCACCGACGGCCGCCUCGUGAUCGUUGACAGCCAGAACACCACCGUUUGGUCCUCCGCCGCGCCCACCAGGGACAUAACAAGCAGCGCCACCGCUCGGCUUCUCGACAGCGGCAACCUCGUGGUGAGCCACGACGGGAGCGGCUCGCCGGAGAGCGUGGCGUGGCAGAGCUUCGACUACCCGACGGACACGCAGCUCCCCGGCAUGAAGAUCGGAGUGGACCGCAGGACCGGCAUCGACAGGAACAUCACGUCGUGGAGCAGCCCGAGCGACCCGUCGCCGGGGCCCUACACGUUCAAGCUGCUCCCGGCCGGGCUGCCCGAGUUCUUCCUCUUCCGUGGCGCGGCCAAGAUCUACGCGAGCGGGCCGUGGAACGGCGUGGGGCUCACCGGCGUGCCGGACCAUCUCAAGAACUGGGACUACACCUUCACCGUGGUGUCGAACCCCGACGAGACCUACUGCGCCUACUACAUCGCCGCCUCGUCGCCGCUGCUGUCGCGGUUCGUGGUGGACGGCGCGGCGGGGCUGCUGCAGCGGUACGUGUGGGGCGGCGACGGCGCGUGGAACAGCUUCUGGUACCACCCGACGGACCCGUGCGACAGCUACGCCAAGUGCGGGGCCUUCGGCUUCGGGCACUGCGACACCGCCCAGACGCCGGAGUGUCGGUGCCUGCCGGGGUUCCAGCCCCGGUCGCCGCGGCAGUGGAGUUUCAGGGACGGGUCUGCUGGCUGCGUCAGGCGGACCAACCUGAGCUGCGGCCACGGCGACGGGUUCUGGCCGGUGAACAAUAUGAAGCUGCCGGAGACGACUGGCGCGACUGUGCACGCCGACAUGACGCUGGACGAGUGCCGGCAGGCGUGCCUGGCGAACUGCAGCUGCAGAGCGUACGCCGCCGCGAACGUUAGCGGGGGCGUCAGCCGCGGCUGCGUCAUCUGGGCGGUCGACCUGCUCGACAUGAGGCAGUAUCCGGUGGUCGUGCAGGAUGUGUACAUCCGGCUCGCGCAGUCAGAGGUUGAUGCCAUGAUCAAGGUCCAAUCAGGCAAACGCCGACGCCCCAUAGUGAUCGCCGUCGCUGCGACUAUUUCUGGCGUGCUUCUUCUGGGAGCCGUUGGCUGCUUCUGUUUCUGGAGAAACAGGGCGACGAGGAAGAAGGGUCAGGCUCAGGCUCCAGGCAGUCGGGACAACGUGCUUCCAUUCAGGGUCAGGAAGCACACUGAUUUGAGCCCAGCACGGGAACAACGGCUCUAUCAGAACAAGAUGAGUGGUGAAGACGACAUCGACCUUCCAUUGCUCGAUCUAGCGGUGAUUCUAGCCUCCACCGACAGCUUCGCAGCGGAGAGCAAGCUAGGAGAAGGUGGAUUUGGCCCUGUUUAUUUGGGAAGGCUGGAGGAUGGGCAAGAAGUAGCUGUGAAGAGGCUGUCUACGAAAUCAUCACAGGGAGUUGAGGAAUUCAAGAACGAGGUGAAACUGAUCGCCAAGCUUCAGCACAAGAACCUCGUGAGGCUGCUCGGCUGCUGCAUCGACGGCGAUGAGAGGUUGCUGGUGUACGAGUUCAUGCCCAACAACAGCCUGGAUACCUUCAUAUUUGAUGCAGAAAAGCGCAAAUUGCUAGAAUGGAACAAACGCUUCGAGAUCAUUCUAGGGAUCGCACGGGGCCUGCUCUAUCUCCACGAGGAUUCGAGGUUCAAGAUCAUCCACAGGGAUAUGAAGGCAAGCAACGUGUUACUGGACAGAAACAUGGUCCCCAAGAUAUCGGACUUCGGCAUCGCAAGGAUGUUCGGAGGUGAUGAGACCACUGCGUACACCCUGAAGGUCAUCGGGACAUACGGCUACAUGUCUCCAGAGUACGCCAUGGAAGGCGUGUUCUCCAUAAAAUCCGACAUCUACAGCUUCGGCGUCAUGGUGCUUGAGAUCGUCAGUGGCAAGAAGAUUCGAGGCUUCUACCAUGCAGACCUUGGUCUAAACCUUUGCGGCUAUGCGUGGAUGCUGUGGAAGGAAGGCAGGAGCUCGGAACUUCUGGAUGAGGCGAUGGGCAGCAGCUGUGAUCACGGUCAGGUGCGGCGAUGCAUACAGGUUGCUCUCAUGUGUGUUGACAUUCAGCCUAGGAACAGGCCGGUGAUGUCUACAGUCGUCAUGAUGCUUGCUAGUGAGAAUACCACCUUGCCAGAGCCAAAUGAGCCUGGAGUGAACGCCGGGAGGAACACGUCCGACACAGGAUCAUCUCGAACUCAAAGCGAGUUCACCGUAACUGCAACAGAUACUAGGUAGUUUGGGUUGGAACAGUAUGUACAGUAGAAUACUUCUGUUUUUUUCUUUAACCACGGUCUGGGAGCUGCAAAAAGUAUACAGCUACUCGUCUAAUUACUGGCUCAUAUGCUAAGCAAAUCUGCUCCUGAAACUUAA